AUGCAGGGAUCUGAAAUGCCGCAUCCAAUAUCCUAUUAUAUUCCAUCUAAGAUUGGGAAGCUUCUCAAUCUGAAAGAAUUGUUUUUGAGAAACAACCGUCUUACAGGUUCCAUUCCUUUUACAAUCUACAAUAUUUCUUCACUAAGGACUCUUGAUUUAGAUUCCAAUAGCUUAUCUGGGAGUCUGCCGGAGGAUCUAGGGUGCAUACCAGCAAACACUGGAAAUUUGAUUGGGCUUCUAGGCUUGUAUCUUCAGGACAACAACCUACAAGCAAUACAUAUUAAAAUAACAGAGGAAGAUAAUAACUUGACUGCUGAUGAAGAAUGGGACUUUCUCUCUUCUUUGACAAACUGCAGAGAACUACAAGUUCUGAACUUGGGAAAUAAUCCAUUGAGUGGCAUCCUUCCGACUUCAAUUGGAAAUUUCUCUACAUCUCUCCAAAAGUUCGACGCACCUAAUUGCAAACUUAUGGGAAACGUUCCUUCAGAAAUUGGAAACUUACACGGUCUCAUACUUUUAGACCUUUCAUAUAAUGACUUGAAUGGAUCUAUUCCAACAACGGUGGAAAGAUUAUGGAAUCUCCAAGGUUUAUUCCUCCAAAAUAGUAAUUUACAGGGAUCCAUCCCAUAUGAAGUUUGCCAAUUAAAGAGCUUGAUUGACUUACAAUUAACUGAUAAUAAGCUCUCUGGGUUACCCACUUGCUUGGAAAGUUUGGUUUCUCUAAGAAAUCUACAAUUGGGCUCCAACAAAUUCACUUUGUACAUACCGGCAUCCAUAUGGAAUCUCAGAAAUAUCUUGUAUGUAAACUUGUCAUCAUAUUCUUUAACUGGUUCUCUUCCUUUAGAUAUACAAAAUUUGAGGGUCUUGAUAAAUCUAUCAAGGAAUCAAUUAUCCGGUGAGAUACCAGUCACAAUGGGAAGCCUUAUAAAUCUAGUUACUCUAUCUUUGGCGUAUAAUAGAUUUGAAGGCUCCAUCCCUAACACAUUCGACACUCUGAGGAGCUUGGAAUCUUUGGAUCUGUCUAAUAACAAUCUCACUGGAGAAAUUCCGAAGUCGUUGGAGGCACUCUUAUAUUUUAAGCAUUUUAAUGUGUCUCACAAUAAGUUAGAAGGGGAAAUUCCUGACAAAGGACCUUUCAAAAACUUCUCAACUGAAUCAUUUAUGUAG